AUGCGAAACCGGUUGAGUCUGAUGGCCUCCCAACUUUCGAGUAGCGCCGCCGGUGCUUCUAUCAUGGAGAUUCCAAAAUCCAAUAUGUUCACAACGAAGCUGCCUCCUGAUCCGGCCUUUGAAACCCCGGAGUCCUCUCACAGAGCGCCCAGAGAGGCUCUCGGGCCUCGCCUGGUGAAAGGAGCUAUGUACACCUUUGUUCGGCCGGAACCAUCAGAGGAGACCGAGCUUCUGGGAGUCAGCCAGAAAGCGAUGAGGGAUCUUGGCCUCAAAGAUGGCGAGGAACUAACACCCCAAUUUCAAGCGCUAGUCUCUGGAAAUAAAAUUUGCUGGAAUGAACGAGAGGGAGGAGUAUACCCCUGGGCCCAGUGUUAUGGAGCGUUGACAAGAUACAGUGGCUCAUGGGCCGGGCAGCUCGGUGACGGGCGUGCAAUUAGUCUCUUCGAGUGCACCAACCCUGAAACAAAUCGCCGAUUUGAACUACAGUUGAAAGGGGCGGGAAAGACGCCGUAUUCGCGCUUCGCAGAUGGAAAAGCUGUACUUCGGUCGAGCAUUCGUGAAUUCAUUGUAUCAGAGGCUUUAUCGGCCCUCGGUGUGCCUACUACCCGAGCAUUGUCAAUAACUCUGCUCCCGAAGUCGAAGGUUUUGCGUGAGCGCAUAGAGCCUGGUGCAAUCGUCGCUCGAUUUGCGGAGUCCUGGCUAAGAAUCGGAAGCUUCGAUCUUCCGCAUGCGCGUGGUGAUCGGGACUUGAUCAGAAAGUUAGCCACGUAUAUUGCCGAAGACGUGUUUGGGGGCUGGGAUUCUUUGCCGGCCGCCGUGUCGUUGGGCCAGGGCCAUCCGUCUGAUGCGGCCGACAACCCCGGCAGAGGCAUUCCCCGGGAUCGUGUGCAAGAGCACCAAGGCGUAGCAGAAAACCGCUUUGCAAGAACAUACCGAGAGAUCGUGCGACGCAACGCGAAGACCGUGGCUGUCUGGCAGGCCUACGGCUUCAUGAAUGGCGUGCUGAACACUGACAAUACAUCAAUCUAUGGGCUAUCGCUCGAUUUCGGCCCAUUCGCCUUCAUGGACAAUUUCGACCCACACUAUACUCCAAAUCACGACGAUCACCUCUUAAGAUACUCGUACAAAAACCAACCUACUAUUAUAUGGUGGAAUCUGGUUCGGCUCGGAGAGGCCCUGGGAGAGCUGAUGGGUGCUGGUGACAAGGUUGACGAGGAGUGGUUUCUGAAGGACCGGUUGACCGAGGAAACUACUCCACCAGUCGUGAAACUUGCUGAGACUAUCAUUGAACGGGCAGGUGAUGAGUAUAAAACCGUGUUCCUGAACGAAUACAAACGCUUGAUGAGCCGACGGCUAGGUCUGAGAACUCAGAAAGAAUCGGACUUCCAGGAGUUGUUCUCAGAAAUGCUCGACACUUUGGAGGCUUUGGAGCUGGACUUCAACCAUUUUUUCCGUCGACUCUCCAACAUCCCGCUUUCUGAUAUCGAAUCCAAGGAGCAAAGAAGAGAUAUAGCACACGUUUUCUUCCACAGGGAGGGAUUCGGUGGUGUUGGAGACACCGAAGAUUCUGCAAGGGAACGCAUCAGCAAGUGGCUUGCAAGUUGGAGAAUCCGGAUUCUUGAGGACUGGGGCAUGGAGCAUGACACAGAACGACAGAAAGCUAUGAGAGACGCCAAUCCAAAGUUCUUACCUCGCGGAUGGAUUCUCGAUGAAGUUAUUGAGCGAGUAGAACGCAAGGGUGACCGGGAAAUUCUUGGGUUUGUCAUGCAGAUGGCACUCGAUCCCUUCAAGGAAGACUGGGGGCUGGACAAGGACGAGGAGGAACGGCUCUGUGGCGACGUUCCCAGAUUCAAGAGGGCCAUGAUGUGCAGCUGCAGCUCAUAG